AUGGCGAUGCGGUUUAUCAAGGCCCUCCGGCGGCGGCGGGAGGAGAAUGUCGUGCCGGAUAUGGAGGGGUCCAUGGACGGGUCAUCGGAAGGGGAUUCCAGUGGGUUUGCAUCACUAAAGCAUUUUGAAAAAAUGCAUCGCUUCGACCCGAACUUGCCGUUGGAUGAAUUGGAAGAGGUCGACAUCGCCCUGAACACAGCCAAUGUUGAGAAGGGCGCGGAAAUCGAGCAGAUUUUAGCGGAGGAUAAUUCCCCAUAUCCAGAAGUACGAGCCUCGGUACGAAACUUCGAUGUCGAUAUGCCGGUAAACACGAUACGGGCUUGGACGAUCGGCAUGCUACUCUGCACCAUUGGCUCCGCUGUCAACAUGGUGCUUUCACUCCGAAACCCGAGCAUCGCUCUCACCACCUUCGUCAUCCAGCUUAUUGCUUAUCCCUUGGGUCUCGCCUGGGACCUGGUGUUCCCCGAUCGGGUAUUCAACGUAAUGGGCGUCAAGUUCAACUUCAGGCCCGGGCCAUUCAACUUCAAGGAGCACGUCAUCAUCGUGGUUAUGUCCAAUGCGGCUUAUGGCGGUGGUGCGCUCUAUGCCACGGAUGUAAUUAUCGCACAGCGAAUGUGGUACAACCAGAACUUUGGGUGGGGGUGGCAGAUGCUGUUCGGUAUCACGACGCUCUGCACAGGGUAUGGGCUAGCCGGAUUGGCAAGGAGGUUCCUCGUGUGGCCAGCCGCCAUGAUCUGGCCCACUGAUCUGGUCAACUGCGCCCUUUUCUACACGCUUCACGACCACUCGCCCUCGGACCCCGCGCGCGCCAACGGCUGGAGCAUCGGCCGGUACAAGUGGUUCAUGCUGGUUUUCUGUGGCUCGUUCUUGUGGUACUGGUUCCCGGGUUAUCUGUUCCAGGGGCUGUCCUGGUUUUGCUGGCUCACCUGGAUUUGGCCCGACAAUGUCAUUGUGAACCAGCUCUUCGGCGGGUACAGUGGCUAUGGACUGUUCCCUAUCACCUUGGACUGGAGUAUCGUCACCGCCUAUGUUUCGUCACCGCUCAUCCCGCCUUUCCACGCCAUCGCCAACGUUCUCGGUGGUGUCACCGUGUUCUACGUGAUCAUCUCCCUCGCAAUUCACUACUCCGGCAUGUGGUACUCGGCUUACUUGCCGGUACAAAACUCGCACGCUUACGACAAUACCGGCCACCUCUACAACGUCUCGGCUAUCUUGAACGACAAGAUGCAGUUCGAUGAAGCCAAGUACAACGCCUAUUCGCCCCUGUACUUGCCCACGCAGUUUGCUCUUUCCUACGGACUUUCAUUCGCCGCCAUUACAGCCGUCAUCACCCAUGUCGCCCUUUACCAUGGCCGAGAGAUUUGGGCGCAGUGGAAGCUUGCCCGAACCCAGGAAGACGACGUCCACAUGCGGCUGAUGAAGAAGUACCGUGACGCCGAAGAGUGGUGGUACCUGGUGCUGUUUGUCAUCAUGCUUGGGCUCUCGUUCGCCGUUGUCUGCGCGUGGGAUACCAAUUUCCCCUGGUGGGCCUACAUCGUCUGCAUCCUGAUUCCAAUGCUGUGGACCAUCCCUAUCGGCAUUGUGCAGGCCAUCACGAACAUUCAGUUGGGCUUGAAUGUUCUCACCGAGUUUAUUGUCGGCUACAUGCUCCCCGGCCGCCCCCUCGCCAUGAUGAUGUUCAAGAACUACGGCUACCUCUGCAUGGCACAGGCUCUCUACUUCGUGCAGGACCUCAAGCUCGGCCACUACAUGAAAGUCCCGCCACGCGUCAUGUUUUGGUCCCAGCUGAUCGCCUCCAUCUGGUCGGCCAUUGUCCAGAUCGCCGUGAUGAACUGGGCCCUCGAGGCCAUCCCCAACGUCUGUUCCGAGACCCAAGUCCACCAGUGGAAUUGCCCCAGCGCGCGCGUCUUCUACACGGCCUCCAUCGUAUGGGGUGCCAUUGGCCCCGCCCGCAUGUUCUCAGGAGGCGCUCUGUAUAGCUCGCUGCAGUGGUUCUGGUUGGUCGGCGCCGUCGCCCCAGUCUUCACCUGGUUCCUUGCCCGCCGUUACCGCCGCGGCAUCUGGCGGUAUGUCAACAUGCCGCUCAUCUUUGGCGGCUCCGGCAUGCUCCCGCCCGCGACAGUUUUCAUUUACUACUGCUGGGGCAUCGUCGGCACCGUGUUCAACUUCUUCAUCCGCCGCCGCCGCACCGGCUGGUGGUUGCAGUACAACUAUGUCACCUCAUCGGCUAUGGAUUGCGGCCUCAUCGUGUCGACGCUCGUCAUUUUCUUCGCGCUGUAUCUCGGCGGCACCGAGUCCCCGAACUGGUUUGGGAACAAGGCUGCGCUCCGCACCCUGGACAUGCUCAACAAGGCCGUACAGAUUCCUCUUUCGCCAGGAGAGACGUUUGGACCGAACACAUGGCCUUGA